GAGAGAGAGGGAGAGAGGGAGCGAGAGAGAGAAAGAGAGAGAGAGAGAGAAAGGAUACAAUAGGAGUACCGGCGAGAGAAGGAGGAAGCGCAAAGAGCCGCAAAACUGCGAAACCGAUUUGCUCUUUUUAUUUUAAACCAAGCCCAUGAAAAUGCCCAAUUUCGCAGGCACCUGGAAGAUGAGAAGCAGUGAGAAUUUUGACGAGCUCCUGAAAGCCCUGGGAGUGAACGCCAUGUUGAGGAAGGUGGCAAAUGCAGCUGCAUCCAAACCUCACGUGGAGAUCCGGCAGAAUGGUGAUCAGUUCUACAUUAAGACCUCCACCACUGUACGCACCACCGAGAUCAACUUCCACGUCGGUCAAGAGUUCAAUGAGGAGACAGUGGACGGUCGGAAAUGCAAGAGUCUGCCAAUAUGGGAGACUGAAAACAAGAUCUAUUGCAAGCAGACUCUUUUGGAUGCAGGAGGCCCAAAAACAUUCUGGACAAGAGAGCUGAAGGGAGAUGAGCUUAUUCUGACCUUUGGAGCCGAUGAUGUGGUGUGUACACGGGUCUAUGUCCGGGAGUGAUUGACCUUUGACAUAUGGAGUAAUUUGCAGUCUACAGUGCCAGUCAGAACAACCCCUAACCAUGUGGCUAGUCUCUGCACACACAAGACAAAAUUCUGCUUUCUAAACAUGCUUAUCAUUUUAUAAAUUCAGUAGAGCCUCCCAGUUACAAACACUAACAAUAAAAACAGUUACAAUUUGAAACAUUUA